CAUGUGACCUGCUGUAUUGCCCAAACAUAUACCAAGAUGGCUGUUUAUCGCUUUCACAUAAUACAGAUGUGGCGCAUAAAAAAUCGUAUCUUUUUAUAACGUAUGACAUUCAAGAAUAUUCGACAAGUCGUUUAUCAACACAUAUGGAUCCUCUAGGUGCAAUUUCUCAGGUAGUUGAUGGACUAAAUUUGCCCGGAUGGAAUGCUUUCAUUCCACCAAACUACCCGUCACCAUCGAAUGUUGUUGCUUCAAUAUUUCCCGUUAGACAAGACUUGAAUGAAAAAGUCACACUAUGGAAUGGUGACAUCACAGCUCUUAGAGUUGAUGCAAUUGUCAACCCUAGUAAUGAAACCCUCGAUGAUAAGAAUCCAGUCAGUAAUCAUAUCCAUCGAGCAGCCGGUCCUGAACUAUUGACAUACUGCAAGAAGGAAAUAAGAGUAUGUCGUACAGGCGAAGCAAAACUUACUCAAGGAUAUAAACUUCCAGCAAGGCACGUCAUUCACACCGUGGGCCCACGAUACAAUACAAAAUACCAAACAGCGGCUGAUAGUGCGUUGUACUUCUGCUACAGAAACAGUAUGUUGAUUGUAAGGGAAAGAAAGCUGGCUUCUGUUGCUUUUCCUGUUGUGUAUUCACCAAAACGAGGAUUUCCUCCGGAACCUGGAUGUCAUCUUGCAAUUCGUACCAUCAGAAGAUUCUUGGAACAUUAUGGCGAUGGUGUAGAUCGAGUGGUUUUCGUUGUUUCCGGUUCCAAUGAGGUCAUUUACAAAAAGAUCAUGCCACUGUAUUUUCCAAGGAGCAAAGCUGAGGAACAAUUCUGCAUGGACCAACUUCCUUCUAAUUUAGGAAAUGAAAUGGGCGAACCGGUCAUCGAAGAAAGGAGUAUUAGAAUUUCUGAUCAACCGUUUAAAUCUAAAGCAAAUUCAGACAACGUGAAUUCAAUACGUCACACAGAAGACAACAUUACCGAAUACGAGAAUAUUGGUCGACAUUCCUUCGCGCACAUGAACGGUGAUCACGAUGUUAUUUCACACGAGAGGUUGAACUAUAAAUCGCAGGAGGAAAUGAGAAUGUACGAGCAACAAAAAAUUUACGCGCGAUGGUUAAAAAGAAGUAGAACCGACGAUUUUUCCGAUCUCAAGAAACUAAAAAUGAUAUAUCACUGUGGACACGACGCCAUCGGUCGACCAGUUGUUAUCGUUAUCGGGAGGCGAUACUCAGACUCAUCCAUCGACAGUGAUAAACUUGUAGGUUACCUGUGUGGUCUCUUGGACAAACUGGUCAAUCAGGAAUAUAGCAUUGUUUAUUUCGAUACGAUGUGUCUGGCUGAAAAUCAUCCUCCGUCGAGUUUUGUCAAAUAUGUGUAUAGAAUGUUAGAUGCGAAAUACGUUAGGAAUUUAAAAUAUUUCUAUAUCCUGCAUCCAACAUUUCGGUCGAAGUUUAUGUCCUGGUGGUUUACCACGUUUACUGCACCGGAAGUGAAAGACAAAGUCCGUUUCUUGACUGGUGUCGAGUAUCUAUACGACGCAAUCAAUCCUGAACAGUUGGAUAUUCCGCAGUUUAUUAUAGAAUACGAUGAAAAGUUAAACGGAAAGAAUUAUUAUGCUGACUGGAGACCGCCGACCACGUCCGAUCUUUAACCGAUGGCCAAUGAAACGAAUUUACGGUAUUGUGGCUAAUAAAUAUUGUAUUUUUUGGAAAGUCGUCAGCGAAACAUGUUAGAAAAGACUGAGACCAACGUUUGUUGCAAUAGGUAUUGAAUGUUACAAACUAGAGUCUGACGUAAGAACAUUUCGUCUUGAUUCUCGGUCGUUCUUUGAACCGUUAUGCUUUGCUGGCAUUGAACUUAACGAGAUUCUUCGUUUACUGCGAGCGAUAUGUGAUUUUGUUUUUCCCGCGCCAUUUCACGCAAAUAGUUUGAACUACUGGAUUUACAAAUAUGACGAAACAUGUCAGGAUUUGAAGAGUGAAAUUGCUUUUCACUUGCUUGGAUUUUUUUAUGCUCGUUGAAUUCUCAAAUGUGUGCUCGCAUUUAAUGAUAAAUUUAUAUGCUGAAUUUAUAUGCUGAAUUUAUAUGCUGAAUUAUAAUUAAUUAAAAUAAUUAUCACCUCAUUUAAA